GCAUCAAACCUCUUUUCCAUCUUAUUCGUUGCCGUCAACGAUGGCGACACCUCUACUUGCGGAAUUUCCAGAGCUCUCUCAUUUAUCUCGGGAGGAUUUGGAAGAUCUCCUAGCCGAUCCUUUGUACUUUCAGGCAGUGUUCCACUCUCUCCCGAGGGUGAAGGCCUUAUACCAAGCCCAAGCGGAGCUAGGAUCCGCUAAUGAGUCUAUAGCACAGAACAAUCUUUCACUACAAGACAGCUUGUAUAAGCUCCGAUCGGAGACCAAGGAUGCCUUCGACGAGGCCCGCGCACUUGAAGCGAGAUGGAAGGAGCUUGAACGAGAACAGAGGGAGAUGUACCAGAGGUUCACCCCUCAAUUUCUGCUGAUGCGACUGAGGCACGCCACGACCGCCCAGGACGAUCUCAGCGAGGCACUUGCCUCCUCGUUUGUUCAGUCGUCUUCGGUGUCACCAACGCCUGCGACGAAUCAGGAGACCGACGACUUCGUCAAGGAGUUCAAGAGUAUGAGGAAGGUGUACCACAAACGGGUGAUGUGGGGAGACCGCUGGGCUGCUGGACAAGUGACAUGGCCGGAGGAUUAAUUGUGGAGUUCCUCUUCCUGCCGAUCGUCCUCUGCACUUACGGAACAUCAUACAGGCUCGUGGAGAUAAUUUUGUAUGC